UCUGCGCCGCGUCAUGGCCGGAAGUGGCGUCAGCUCGCGCUAAGCCGCCAUCCCUGGCGUUGGCAGCAGACGGCCCAGCGUCUUCUCUGUGACCAGACGGCGCCAGCAGUCGCUCCCACAGCCAUCAGCACCUGGCGCGACAACAUGAUGGCGUGCUCUCCUCCCUCGUCGGCCCGCAACCUGCGACUUCUGUGUGUGUUGGUGGCCGGCAUCUCGUCCGCCCUGCUGGCUGGUUGCACUCCAGUUAUCGCAGAGAGCUCGGAGUGUCUUCAUGGCGUCCAGGAUGCCGGAGGCAAGUGUACCUGUGAUCCAUGCUGGUCGGGGGAACAUUGUGAUCAGUACGCAAAGCGAAAACCAAUCUUCUUUCAAAAGACCGCUGAGGUGUAUCUCAGCCCAGAACACGAGGAUGGCGACCUGGUCUACUCGGCAGAAGCCAUCGACAUGGACGAGACCUACGCCUGCCAGACGAAGCAGAACUGUCCCUGCGCUCAGAUCCACUACUCCAUCAUCUCCGGCAACGACGAUCUAGAUUUUCACAUCGACAGCGACACAGGGAUGAUAACGACCACCGGGGAGUCCCUCCCCUUCCAGAACAAAGAGUACAUCCUGGAGAUCAGUGCCGACAACCCAGGCUCCGACGAGUACGAUGUCCUAAAACUAACGGUCCACGUACCCGUCUCGUGGGACGACAACAUCGCCAGUCGCUACCUUGUGGAGCCCAUGGGUGAUGGCUACAUGGAGCCACCGCUGCUACACAGCAUUCAUAAGAGAGCUGUCUACACUCCGCCAGGAAAUGUGACCUUUGUGCUGCUGAAGACGGGUGUGUCGGAAAACAUCACGGAGAUGCGGGUAGGCACCCGGAUCUCUUUCAAGCUGCAGAUAAUUUUCCCGCAGAACUCCACAGACAUGCUGGUGGAGCUGUUCGCACCUGACAACGAGACCAUGGUGAUGAUGCUGUGCAAUGUGGUGGUGCAGCCUGCAGGUGCCAGCCUCAGUUUCACCGGCACCGGCACUCCAGUUCUGGACUCGGCCAACGGCUCCACAACACUGUUUGACCGUGCAGUCAUCGACUUCGGGAAUGUGACUUUCAAGUCCACCCCGACCUCUGAGGCCGAUGUCUCCAUCAGCAUCACGUGGGACGCUGUGAUGAUAGACAACGUGCAGACACAGAACAGCACCGUCUACUGGGUCAGCGCAGGCGCCGAGUACAACUACGAAAAUGAAGUUUGGGUGGGCCAAGCAUCUUUCACCGCCAUCACCACCGCGGAGCCAGUCAGCAACUUCGGUGUCCCCACCUUCAACCUGAGUGGUCCAGACACGAUGGAGAUCGGUUCCUCCGCCGUGUUCACACUCACCAUGUACCUCCCUCUGCCCUCCGUCUACCUGAACGUCGAUGUCUUCGCGCCCCUGAACGCCAGUGACGUCAUGACGGUGUGCGGCAUGAAGGUCCGGGACACCGGAAGUAACUACCUGUGCGGCUUCCUGCCCCCCGAACACAACGCCACUCUGUACGCUGACAGCAACACGCGGGGCUAUGGCCGGGCACGACUGCAGCUGGGGACACUCACCAACAAAGGUGCUCGAGAAGCUGGCAACCCGACUGAAAACAACCGCAUUACAAUAGAGUUUGUGGUGAGAUGUACGAGGACGUGUCCUACGUGGGUCAGUCCUUACUGGGUUGGUGCUGCCGUGGAGGUUGGAAAGAGUCAGAUAUGGGCAGGCGAGAUUGCUGUCCGGGCACUAGCACGUGACACCACCCGGGUCAUCAGCCCCUCAUGGAAUGUGAACAAAACGGACAGCGGGGGUAUGUCGACCGUGAAACCUGUCGUCGUUAACAUCGACAUCAAGAUUCCUCGCUACUCCAUCGGUGGCUACGCCCUGGAGGCGCUUACUCCAGUGGUAAACUCCGAGGCCGUGCUUCAGCUGUGCUCAGUCACCGUCGCCAGUUUCGGGACAACGUGCCCUGCACAUCAACGAGCGCCAUGGCUUCCUACUUCCGCCGCGGCAGCCUGCCGAUGUACAUGGACCGCGGCUACCUCGACCUCGGCGUCGUCAGCAACGUGGGGCCCUGGGGCUGGCAGCCCGCCAACGCCACCUUCGACCCGGAUACCAUCCGCCUGCGCAUGCUCGUGAAGGCGACCAAUCACAGCCUGGCGACCCCCGGCAGUACCCACAGUGUGACACUGGGUCUCUUCAUAAACGACCAACGCCUGCUGGUCACCUCCGUCAGCCUGCAAGUGGAGGCGGACGCCAUCAUACCCAAUGUCACGAACGAGACCUCGCCAGACUGGGGACUAACGUGGGCUUAUGGUAGCGGCAACAUCCAGGUGGGGGCCGCCGCCCAGGUCUUGAUGACCAUCACCACGAAGCGCAACACCAUCUACGCCCCCUUCGACAUCGAGGCCAUCAUGCCCAACAGCACCACCUACACCAUGCUCUUCCAUCUGCCGGCUCCGCUCCUACUACGUGGGUAAAAACCUGCCCUGCACCUUGAAUGAAGCCAUCAACGCUUCGGUUUAUUAUACUUCCGACGCCUCAUACGACAACCUCAGCAGCCGCGCUGUGGUCAACAUGCCGUCGCUGUGCAACUACGAGUUCAUCAACAGCACGGUAGAGGACCAGUUGGUUCUGGAACUCAGCUUCCGCUUGGAGAACGGAGCCACCAAUGGCACGGAGUUCUGGCCCUCCAUGGGCAUCAUGUUCAGCCCCUACAGGAUGUGGAUUGGCCAGAUCAAGAUGUGGGCCCGCACUGACCAGCGUUCAACAGCGGGGUGCGUCCCUACAUCAGUGUCUUUAAGAACGACGUGGGAAGUGUACCCAUUGGCUACUUCGCCUAUUACACCAUCAUCAUCAAGACCAACCCUGGGGACACCAUUCCUAUCUCCUCAAUAUCUCCACCUCAGCGGUUGGAUACGGGGUGUGCACUGUACGCGUCAUAAAGAUAGGAAACCACAUGCCCUGUGUUAAUGCCAGCGCCCUGGCUGCUACCUAUGAGCGGAGCACGGACAGUCUGAACAACAAGCCACACUGAACUUUGGGACUGUCUCCAACACUGCCACCGGCAACAGUUCGCCAAUAACACUUUCGACGAUGACACCAUCCAGGUGGAAGUAGUCAUCAGCGUCCCCUCCACCGCCGUCAGUGGGACUCAGGGGUCGUUUGCUGUCCUCAUGAGCUACGCCGGCACUACAUACAGUCCCACUGUUCCCUCCUUCAACAUCACCAGCAACACCUCCAUCAUCAGCAAGAAGUCCAACAACGUCACCGACUUCCAGCUGAGCGUCAUCCCCAUCUCGGCAACCGACAACGACACCAACGUCGUAGCGGGACAGGUGAAGAGGUUUCAGGUGUGCGCCUGGACCGUCCCAUCAGCCACCAGCGCCCUCGUCUUCAAUCUCAUGGCCCCGACCACCAGCGCCGUGCAGCAGGUGGAGGUGACCUACUUCGGACUCCUGUCGGGGGGUAGCAACCUACCCUGCUACUCUGGACCCUGUGGGAAAGGAACGGCGACAUAUUCAAA